AUGGCUCCGCUUCGAUCUCGCGCAGGAGCGCAACGCCGUUAUGACAACCGAUCCCGCAUCGACCCCAUCCCCCCACCCAUGCCAGUGAGUCUUGUGAACAGUAAUAUUGGUACUGUUUCUGCAUGUUCUCGGUUCCCUGAGCGCCCGACGCGAUGGCGUGAGCGCGACAUCACAGUAGGUCGAUUUGUUUAUACUGGUUUGUGGUCAUUGACAGUUCACAAGGACGCAGCCUAUCAACUAGAUGCUGAGCAGGCAGUGGCCAAGCAACCAGCAGUGAAAUCACCCAUGAAUGUGAGACCACCAGUACAGCAGGCAGCAGUUGCAUGUCUGAGUGUGGAACAGCAAAUCGAUGAGCGGCCAGCACUGCGAAGUUCAGGACCUGAGCAGUUUACUGAGCAGUCUAAUGAGCAGCAAAAAGAGGAUCAGUCUUCUGAGCAGCAAGAAGAGGAGCAGCCCACAAAAGAGCAGUCGACCCAAGUACAACCAGUAACUGAGCAGGUAGCAGAGGCGGCAGCUCAGGUGCAGUCCUUCAAGAAACGGUCUACGCAGAAGCGCUCCAUAGAGAAGCAGUCAUCUCAGGCGGACCAAUCGAAGAAGCACCGAGCAGAUGAGCGUCCAGCGGAGAAGCAGGCAGCAGUUCAACCAGAGGCGACCUCCAUUUCAAGUUUGCCAUGGAACCACCGUGAGACCGAAAGACAGCAGCUCCACGAAUCCAGUGAGCAUCCACCGCCGCCGCAGCCAUCAGUAAUACGCUCUAGUCUUGGACAACAAUCCAGUCCUCAUCCAAGCUUCAUCCAAUCUACGAUGUCAUCAUUCUAUGAGGGUCGUAUACCUUUACAAAACCCAGAGAACGCUGAGCGUGAACGUAGGCGCAAGCGUAUGCUUGUCAAGAGUCCAGGCUUAAGUCAGCGCGAGACAAACCAGAACUCUGAGACAAUUCAGCAACCAACUGGAGAUGAAUGCAAACAUCCAUAUGCCGUCAAGCGCAGCUUCUCCUCCUUGAACAUUGAUUCUACGCAGUCGCCGAUCCCUCGGAAGCGUGAAGGAGUAGGCUUCAGUUACAGCGAUUCGCCUUGGCAAUCCUUCAAUUCCGAUGUGGACACUGAAGCGAAGCCAGAAGAGGACCAGGGCCCAUAUCGGGUUGCCGCUCUGUCACGACCUGCCUCUAAGCCCGCCGUUGACGAGGUUCAGAGCCCAUUCUUGGUCUCCGGUCUGAAGCCAUCGUCUACGCUCCCGCCACGAACGAGCAUCAACGAGGCCAUUGAUCCACAGUUGAGCUUGAGCUUCAGCAGCUUCAGCAGCACAGCAAGUACUAUCGCAGACGAUUACAAUGACAUGGUCGUCAUGCGUGAGGUCGGCUCUUUCUACGUCUCAAAACCGCAAAGGGCCCUACCAUGUACUGUAGCCACGCGUGAGGAUACUAUCCGGUUGAAAGCCCAAGCAAAGCUGUUGUUCGACAAAUACGCAGAAUCUAGCGAUAUCCAGGCUGCAUUGAUGCGUCGUCUGGAACGUAUGGUGCUGGUAGCGCAGGAGCAAAGCGAUCAUUCCAACGAAGAAGUUCAGACUCUGUUAUCUCACGCGCUGAAGAUCCGCGACUUCCUGCUACGGACACAAGAAGAGAGAGUCGAGACUGGGGAGUUGCGGCGCCUUGUAGUCCAUGAGGCUGAAUGGGUGAAGUGGCUAGUAGAAGCCUGUAGGACGGGCGUCAUGCACAUGAGAACCAGUGACUGCAAUUGCCGACCAGAAUGGGUGGAUGCUAAGUAG